GCUAUGACAUUCACACCACACGACCUUUAUAAAAAUCUUUGGUUCUCCGAGUGAGUUUUCAUCACCAUCUCUCUCUCGAUGUCGUGCCUGAGGAUUAGGCUGUCUCCGGCCAAGAGUGCGUGGAAGCGCUUUGCCUCCAAACUCAUGAAGCUUCAAAGAUCCAAACCCAUCAAGAACAGACUCAAAACACGACCAACAGCUGUUCGUAAAACCCAUCUCAAAAAGCUCCGUAGCGAACGUGUUUUUCUCCUCCGCUUAAAGAGAGCUUGCUUGUUCAAGAAGAAACGCGAUGCAGUCGUUUACGUCGACAAGCUCUUCAGGCCCACGCAGAUGGAAGAGAAGAAGAAUGUCGAGAAACCGUUGCAGGUCGAUGAUGCAGACGAAGCGUGGGAGUCUAUGGGUCUGGCUUCCCCACUGGUUCAGGGGAUUGAUGCUAGAGCCGAAGAGUUCAUCGCCAGAAUCAAAGCACAGAUGAAAACCGCUCGAGCUUUGUGACCCUUACAAGACCUAAAACGCGUGAAGGGACAUGUGCACAGUUCUUGUUCUCAAGUUAUUUUUAACAUAAAUCAACUGUCCGGUACUGCGUUUGCUUAUAUUCAUGUUUGGGUUAUCGUAGAAAAUAUGAAGAAUACGAGGGGUCAAUUGGAAAGAACGUAGACACCCCACGUAUAGUUUGUAAUUUCCAAAUGGGCAUGGGUCAUCUACAAAUGGUCACGACUCACUCUCCGUGCCGCCAACAAAUCGAGUUUUAAACUUGUCUUAUCA